GAAUGACACGCGGACAGGUGUGUCUCCAGGCCCCGCCCCCGACAGGUGUGUCCCGAAGCCCCGCCCCCUCGACAGCAGCUUAAAUGCGGCAGCAGGUGCGCGUGGGACAGAGGAUCGAACCUGCGAGAAGUGACUGCUGUUUAUUACCCACGAGGAUCGCAAUGAUGCUGCACCUGGACCUGGACCAGAACCUGGACCUGAACCAGAACCACUCGGACCUCCAGCCUCACCUGGACCUGGAGGAGUUCGGGUUCGAGCAGCGCUUCGACGAGCGCGGGGCGCAUGCGUGGAUGCAGGAGAACUGGUCCUGCUCGUUCCUCUUCAGUCUCGUCUACGCCGCCCUGGUGUUCGGGGGGCGGAGCUACAUGAAGCCCCGCCCCCGCAUGGAUCUGCGCCUGCCACUGGUUCUGUGGUCGCUGAGUCUGGCCCUGUUCAGCAUCGGCGGCGCGGUCCGGACCGGGUCCUACAUGCUCCACGUCCUCCGGUCCGGCGGGUUCCGCUGCUCCAUCUGUGACCAGAGUUUCUACAACGGACCCGUCAGCAAGUUCUGGGCCUACGCCUUCGUGCUGAGCAAAGCCCCGGAGCUGGGCGACACGGCGUUCGUGGUUCUGCGUAAGCAGAAGCUGCUGUUCCUGCACUGGUACCACCACAUCACGGUGCUGCUGUACUCCUGGUACUCCUACAAGGACAUGGUGGCCGGCGGCGGCUGGUUCAUGACCAUGAACUACACGGUGCACGCGCUCAUGUACAGCUACUACGCCGCCCGCGCCGCGGGGCUGCGCGUGCCCCGCCCGCUGGCCGUGUGCAUCACCAGCGCCCAGAUCCUGCAGAUGCUGAUGGGCGUGGCCGUGAGCGCGCUGGUGUUCACCUGGAUGGAGCAGGGCGACUGCCCGUCGCGGCUGCAGAACAUCGGCUGGGCGGCGGCCAUGUACCUCAGCUACCUGCUGCUGUUCUGCAACUUCUUCUACCAGACAUACCUGCGGCGCCGCGCCAAGGCCGAGUAGAGGGGGCGGGGCCUGGACCUCACCUCGGCGGUGCUCAUGUACCUCAGCUACCUGCUGCUCUUCUACCAGACUUACCUGCCGCGCCAAGGCCGAGUAGAGGGGGCGGGGCCUCACCUGAGGGCCGGGGCCUUCAGCCCCAGCCUCACCUGGGGUGAGGUGUCUCGUUCCCGCCUCAUCCUCGCCCGAAUCGUUUACAUGGCAACCGUCUACCUGCUACAAACUAGCCCCGCCCCCUCUGUAUGAUGGCGCCUGAUUGGCUGCUGGAGUCUGAGGCUUCCGGGGGAAUUUAUUUAUUUUAAAGAUCUUUAAAAGCUAAAUGUUUCUUAUUUAUAAAGACCUUUAAAAGCUAAAUGUUGUUUCUUAUUUAUAAAUGUAUUUAACGUGAUAAAUGUGUCUGAGUUCGGUGGAAAACAGAACAAUGAAGACCUGAAGUGUUUACUGGAAAAGUCCUCAAUGUUUUUUUUGUGUUU